AGUGGGCUCGUCUCGUCUCGCCAGUCGGCCGAGCUGAGCAGAAGCUCUUCUCGCGGCACCAGCGCCGCAGCAGAGCGCCCUGGUGUCCGAGCCGUCCGCCGUCCGUGCCGUCCGAGCCCGGCGACGCCGAGCAGCCCGCGCCACACCAUGGCCGCGGCCACGCCCUCCACCCUCGCCGCGGUGCUCGUCUUCGUCCUCGUCACGCAGGACGUCACCGCCCAGAGGACGGAGCCGUGCCAGACCGCCGACAAGAUGCCCGGCAAGUGCAUCGUGCUGCACUCGUGCGCGCCGCUGUACGCGCUGCUGCAGGGCCCGCGCCCCAUCGACCCGCAGGUCAUCAACUUCCUGCGCGAGUCCACCUGCGGCUUCCAGGGCUCCACCCCCAAGGUGUGCUGCCCCGGCCUGGACCCCGGCACACAGCCCUUGACGCCGAGGCCGCCGCCGACGCAGCAGCCCUUCACGCAGAGGCCCUUCACGCAGCAGCCCUUCACGCAGCAGCCAUUCACGCAGAGGCCCCGGCCGCGGCCGCCCGUGGAUGACCGCCCCGUCAACGUGCAGAACGACCCCAACCUCCGCCUGCUGCCGCACGACGUCUGCGGCCCGGGCGCCACCAACCGCAUCAUCAACGGCAACAAGACCAACGUGUUCGAGUUCCCCUGGAUGGCGCGCCUCGGCUACACCUCCUCGCGGGACCUCGUUGAGACGAGGAGCACCGCCGACCACUUCGGCGAAGGGCUGAUAGACCAGCGGGCGGGCUCAGGUACCGGUGCCAUCGCGUACCGCUGCGGCGGCUCCCUCAUCAACUCGAGAUACGUGCUGACGGCGGCCCACUGCGUCGCGGGGAUCAAGAGCACUGAGGCGCUGACCACGGUGCGGCUGGGCGAGAACGACAUCUUCAACGAGACGGACUGCUCCUUCAUCACGGGCGUCCAGGUGUGCGCGCCGCCCGUCGUGGACGUGGGCGUCGAGGACACGGUGGUGCACCCGGGCUUCAGCCUGGAGGGCGAGGAGCGCCUGCAGAACGACGUGGCGCUGGUGCGGCUCGUCCGGAGGGUGCGCUUCACCGACGCUGUGCGCCCCAUCUGCCUGCCCGUGGGCGACGAGCAGUACCGGAACCUGGACGGCAAGAAGCUCAUCGUGGCGGGCUGGGGCACCACGGAGUCAGGCUACGGCAGCCGGGACCUGCUGCAGGUGGCCGUGCCCGUCGUGCCCGGCGAACAGUGCGUCGAGGUCUACAAGAAGAACGUCAACAUCAACCCGGCCAAGGAGAUGUGCGCGGGCGGCACGCGCGCCGGCGACUCGUGCAACGGUGACAGCGGCGGCCCCCUCAAGCAGGCCGGGCUGGGCGUCAACAACGACGUGCGCAUGAUGCAGUUCGGCAUCGUGUCCUUCGGGCCGCGCAAGUGCGGCACCGAGGGCAUGCCCGGUGUGUACACGCGCGUCGCCUACUACAUGAAGUGGAUCCUCAGCAACCUCAGGAGCUAGGCGAGGUCCUGGAGGCUGUCGUCGGGGAGGCAGGCACCCCGCCGCCCCGGGGCCCCGGGGCGCACUGGAUGCACUGAGAAAAAUGACGGCCAAGCCAUAGUUACCUGCAGUGAAGUGACGUGUCGAAACCACAGGAGAGCUGAAGUGAACUCUUAACUUUGGUUCUGAACACAGGGCUGUGAACUUCGAGUGGAUGUUGUGUGUGUGCGUGUGUGUGUGUUUGUGAGUGUGGUUUUUAAAUGUGUUUAAAUGUGUGUGCGUCCACCCUCAGUGUUGUGGCCAUUCUUUUAAUUUAUUGAUCUUUCGAUAAUUUCUUAUCGUUCCUUUAUGUUUAUUUUUCUGAACUUCGAUAAUGUCGUCAAUGAAUAGAUCAAAGUAUUUAUUAUUAACUUCAACGUAUUUUUAUUUGUACGCUUCAGUUUCGACCAUCCAAUAAAAUAGACAGUAAACUGAG